GCACAAAAAGCUCUACACAACCUUUACUGCAAAAAUUGUAUUCUUAAUGAGAAUUUAUUAGAAAAGUAACACAGCAUAUUAUAAUCAACAUGGUCAUUUGGAAAAUGUGCCUAUGCGUACAAUUCAUUGCAGCAAAAUGAGCACUGGGCAACAACUUUGCCUUUUUCUAACAGUGAUUACAGGGGAAGACUGUCAAUUAAUAAAGAUUUAUUUUUGUGUGGUUUCUUGCACAAUACUAUCUUCUGACAUCAUAUUGCUUUUACCAUGUGCAUGAUAAAGCAUGAUGUGUAAAAUAAUACAUUUUGACAUUUCCAUCACAUAAUCAUCUCCAUAUGUAAUGGUUUUCUGGCAUAGUAAACUUGCUCAGUAGCUCACCUGAUACAGUACUGCACUUGCGAUGUGGAUCAAUCGGGUAAGAGUCUAAUAAAACACAAUAAAAGAGCUCAAAGACUCAUAGAAGCAAGGCAUGGUUGCUUCAGCAAAUGCACUUUUAUCCUAUGUAUGCUUUUGUUAACACAGUCAGUCAGGUUUAGGGGAAGGUUUGGUGUAAGUAUUUUCAAUUUGAGCAACAUUCUUAAGACACUUCACUUUGAAAGUGUCAUGAAACCUUUAAGAAGAAACUUGAUAUCAUUUUGCAGAAAUGUUGCCUCAUGCACAUUUUCAAGGGGAAAAUUCAUUUUAAACAAAAUAUGAACUUAAUUUAAAAUAUAUUCUCUGAAAACAAUUCUAAAUCUCUCAUACAGCUUUACUUCUCAAGUAAAUGAAUCUUGUUUUAGGAAUGUUCAGACAGUUUUACUACAAUAUCCAAAAAGAAUAUUGAACAAAAUAUUUGUCUGCAAUCUUUGCAAUCUUUGAUUAAUAUAUACACAAGUAUAUAUGAGUUUUGAGGGAAAAUGCUUUAUCUGUGUACUUCGCAAACUUUAUAGAGCAAGUAAGUGCUUGAGCCAAGAGGUCAAGUGGUAACAUUUGGAUCCUCUAUUAGUUAGUCUUUCCAUUCUACAAAUCCACAUAUCAUAAUUCAGAGAUCAGUGUUUUGCUCUUUGUUCUCACUGAAGUGAACAAAACUCAAAGUGUUUAAAGUGUGACUGCAUUUUAAACAUCACAAUAUUAGCAAAUAAAGAAGCAAAAGGAACAUUCACAAUGGCUGUUCAUGCAUGACAAGACAUAAACAAACUGAACAGGUAGUGCACCAUGUUUGAUAGUGAGUUCACAAAGUUUCCUCCUAUGUAAAGCAGUGUGUUGACUUUGUAAUCUCACUGUGUCACCACCAUGAGCCAUUCAUUGUGGGGUGUAAUUAGCUUCUAUUGAUUUGAGGGCACAUACAACGAGUGAUGAAAACCAACUCUGACAACUCCAAUUCUGUGCCUGUCGCUUAACGAUUGCAGGCAAUGACAAACCUAAUGCGAGUAACCUCUGAUUUACUGUUGACAUUGUAGCUGCAUUAAAACAGCGAUUGGGCUUUUAGUCUUUUCAUUCCCAAGACAAGUGCGAAUUAAUGUCAUUUAUGUCAUCCAAAACAUCCACUGCCACUAGCAUUUGCUUUGUCAAGUUAUCUACUGGCAAUGCAGUUUCCCAAGUCAUGUUUUCUUGGCACACAGUGUUGAUAGAGAUGAAGAAGCUACUAAAAUACGCCCUUGAACUAACUCAGCAUCUUGGCUAGCUCCAUGUAUAUGAAUAUUCAGUUAGAAAUACAUUGAUCUAACACUCUUGAUAGCUUUUCCCCGUCUUCACGCAAUUCAUCAUGCUUCCACUCUAAACAGCAGCAGCCUCUUUAACCUGUAAAGAUUUUAUGUCCAUAUAUAGUUGGUUUGAUGUAAAAUUAUAGUGGUCGGCAAGAGCAAACAUUCAAGUGCUUCCAUUAAAGGCCAUUAAAAGUUGGCAAUAUAUGGUAUAAUAUUAUACUACACAAAAAGCAAGAUUUUUUUCAUAACAAAUCUAUGCACUUAUAUUUACAUAUACAUGACACAUCUGAAUAAUAUAUUAUAUUGAAUAUUAUACACCCAUAACACACUCUUGCUUGUUUGAUAUUGCUUCAAUAUACAGUACAAACAAUCUGAUGGUGUGACUGCACAUCUAUUACUAUAGCAAGCUGUGUCAUUGCUUUCCAUAUAUUAUAUAAUUAAAACUAAUAAAUUAUAUAAUAAUGCUAAUCCAAAAAAACAAACAAAAAAAAAAAGCUAAAAUUGUGUUAAAAUAUCACCAGAAGAUUUUAAUUUGACUCUUUUACAGUUCAAAACACAAGUUACCUUCUCAUUUUAAUGGUUUAUUUAAUAAAAAGUAUUUUAAUCCAUUGACUAAAUGUUUUUUUACUGUCAUGGCCUAAAAACUGAACAUAUUUUUACCAAUGCCAUGAUCUAAACCCAUUUGCGCCCAGUGAGCAUUUAAUAGAGAGUUGUGCUUCACACAAAAUAGAAACAUAGUUGAAGUGGAUGGUGUUCAUGGCAGUGUUCUUGGUCAGUUUCCCAAUUAUUACUCAUAGCAGAGGUGCUUUUGUGAAAUGAACUGCUUUUAUGAGAGCUGUCCAAUUCUGUCAACAGGAUACAUGGAUUUCCGAGGUUACUCGCUCUUGCUUUGGCAAGGUCACAAGUUUUCUUUUUCUUUUUAUUGUGCACUGAGGAAUUUAUUUGGCAAAUGUGUUUCCAAUUUAGUUCAUGCAUAUUUCCUCUUAUCAGAUAAAGAAAAAAAUAAUAAUAUCCACCACAACUGAGCACAUAUCCCAGAAUUUGCAUAUCAAUAUUAUUUUUAGAUGCCUGUAGGAAGAAUAAGAAUAUUUCCUUUUUUGUAAUGAGGAAAAUUACUCAUCAGACUUUUAUCACUCUUCAAAAUUUUGUCAUUCACUAAAUAAGGAUCCAGCUAUCAUGACCAUACAGUACCUCAGUGUAGAGAUGUUCCCACUAAGAGCUACUUUGUAAGGUUCGAAUCUGAUAUAUUGCCUAACAAUUCUGGUUUUGUCAGACAACAGAAUCCUCAAGAAUCCAAAAGAAAAGCUUGUUAGGUGUCUAACAUGGCUUCAGGCAAACAUUCCACAACUGGGAUGUGAACUGUUUCUUCUUUCCACCCAGCCAGAUUUAUGAGGUGUGCAUGCUGUUGUUAUCUCAUACAUUGUCAUAUCAUAAAACUUGACAGAAAGAUAACUCUAAGUCAGUUGUUAUAGGGUGUUUUGACCUCUCUUAUUAGAAAUGAACUGACAGUUCUGGACAGAUUCACAGCUGUCACAUAUUUCCCACCAUUUUAGAUUUUAAACUUCGGCCCGUAACUCAUCCCAUCCCGUUUGUGUCAUUGUGUCUGUGGGAUUUUUCUGCCCAUCACCCAACAUCAUUGAUGAUGCUCUUGUGUCUGAAUGGGAUCAAAUCCCUGCAGCUAUGUUCCAACAUUUAGUGGAAAGUUUUCGUGGAAGGUGGAAGCUGUUGUGGCAGCAAAGGGAGGACAAACCCUAAAAUUAAAUGUACCAGGUGUGGUAUUCAGGUAUCCACAUACUUAUGGCCACAAUCUUUGUCAUUCCUACAUGGAAGCACAUUGUUAUUUUCUGCAGUAGAUGCUCUAAGCUUAAUUUAGGUCCGGUCCUAAGUAAAUACAUCUAAACCUGCUAGUCAAUCUCCUGAUUCCAGUUAUUUUAAGGUAUCCUUGUUACACAUGUCACAUGUACUUACUAUUAUAAUAACAACAAAUUAUGCAUAAUUACAUGAACGUAACCCUAACCCUAAUCCUAAACCUAACCAUAUAGUAAUUACAUGUAGUUAAUUAAUAUUACUCAGUCCUUAAAUAUAUAAUUACAAUGUAACAAGGACACCUUAAAAUAAAGUGCAACUGAAAUUUCCAGGCAGAUGUUUCAGUAAAGAUUAUGCAGCAAAUAUUCUGCAAAUGUCUUAAUUUCAAUAGGAUGUGCAUCACAAGGAUGUAGAGAACAACCUUAUUUUACAGUCCUGUUUCACAUGUAGGUACUGUGUGCUUGUUAUAGUAAUUACAAUAACUGGGUAAUAACUAGGUAAUAACCCUGAACCUACCCUUAAACCUAACCAUAACCCAUGUUAUCUUAUAUUAUCCAGCAAUUUCUCAGGUAAGUGCACUCUAAGAGCUAAGUGCACAUACUGCAAAAUAAAGUGUAUCUGGAAAACCUCAGGGUUUGCCAAAGUGCAGCUUAUCAUCAUGCAGCCAAGAAAGUGUACUUUGACAUGGGCAUCUGUUGACCAAUGAGAAUUUCAGACAUAAUGGCCAGUUGUCCUUUCAGAAAUGCAAUUUCUCCUUGAUUUCAUACUGACCUGGCACUUUCCACACCCUUAAGAUGAAUUGUAUGUAUUCCUGAAAAUGCCCUUUCAGAGCCUUCUCUAAAGAGCAUACCAUUUGGGACAGAUGUGUUGCUACAGUACGCUUGAUCUUCUUUUAAAAUUAAGGAGCUCCUUAUCUAUAUAAUACUGUGAGAUUUGUGUGCUGUAGGUGCAGCUUAUUACUCAGUGUAUUGCAAUGCAAUUACUAUGCUAUUACUACAACAGAUCAUAACAUCUUGGCAACAGAGCAAACGUGUCAUCAUAAUUUUUGUGAAACAUACAUGAUCAGUUAAGUUUGAUCAUUAAUGCAUCAAACAUUUAUUCAUCUCUAUUGUAUUGACCUUAAUAUAUUUUACAAAACAAUUAUACAUGUAUCAGUCAUAAAUUAUGGGACUUAACUGAUAAAGUCAUGCCUUUGGGGUCAUUUGUGGGAGACGUCAUGCCGUCUGUAUUUUAGGCACUAUGCCUGCUUCAUUUUUAAAUCCUAACAAGCUCUUUCAAUGCUAGAACGGAGCACUCUUCUAAGGGGAUAUCCCAUGGCAACCAAACUGGCACAAGAAUCGUUGCACACAAAUUCACACACUGACACACAACUAAUACACACACGCACAAAAUACCAGAACACGCAAUCGACCUUUUUUGGUAGCCUCGGGGUCUCAGUGUGGUAAAGCGGUAAUCCUAUCAAACAACAGGUCGAAGUUUAUUAUCUGCUGCUCAAUACCAGCCACAGGAACACCAUGGCAUAGAGGGCCCCUCCAGAUACAUAGAACGAGAGAGAGAAAAAGGGAAAAUUUUUGCCCUAGUUGGGACAUCGGGUCAGUUUCUUUUGGUUCUGUUGUGAAUGAAGGCACUGGGUGGUUGGUACAGUUCAACAGUUAAGAUCUGUUAAGUCAGUUGUGGAUACGUUCGAGUUCACCUCUAGCUGGUGACAUCUCGACUCACCUGACUACAGAAUAAAGACAUCUCAGAACCCAUCUGAAGUAUUGUGUUCACUCAAAAACAUCUAAGUCAGUAGCCCUGCACUCGACAGCUGGACAGACAGUACUGGACUAUUAUAUGACUGUGGUUUGACGGUUACUCCUGUGAUGGGGAAGACUGGCCAGAGCACGGUGGACCUCAACUCACCCUCAGACGUGAAGCAGGCAGUCCCGUUUGAGGACCUGGAUCACAACAGUGUUCCUGUAGAAGAGGAGAAGGAGAAUAAAGUACCAGAUAGGGGAUCUUGGAAGGGAAAAUUUGACUUUCUACUGUCCUGCGUUGGGUACGCCAUUGGGCUGGGAAAUGUGUGGAGAUUCCCUUAUCUGUGUGGAAAGAAUGGUGGAGGAGCUUUUCUCAUUCCAUACUUCACUACUCUGGUCUUUGCUGGUAUCCCACUGUUUCUGCUGGAGACGGCACUAGGACAGUACACGUCUGUAGGGGGGCUGGGAGUAUGGAAAUUAAUACCCAUGAUGAAAGGUGUGGGUCUAGCUGCUGUGGUUUUGUCCUUUUGGCUUAACAUCUAUUACAUCAUCAUCAUCGCCUGGGCUCUCUAUUACCUCUUCAGCUCGUUCAAAGCAGAGUUACCAUGGCAAACAUGUGAUAACCCUUGGAACACUGAUCGCUGCUUUUCCAACUACAGUCUGCUGGACACCACCAACCUGACUAGUGCCGUCACUGAGUUCUGGGAGAGGAACAUGCAUCAGUUAACAAACGGUUUGGAGGAACCAGGGGAACUGCGCUGGCCGUUGGUUGGAACAUUAGCAUUGUCUUGGAUUCUUGUCUAUUUCUCAAUCUGGAAAGGAGUGGAGUGGACAGGGAAGGUGGUGUAUUUCUCUGCCACGUAUCCUUACUUCAUGCUCUUUAUUCUGUUUUUCCGUGGAGUCACUCUCCCUGGAGCGAUAGAUGGCGUCCUCUUCUAUGUCACCCCAGACUUCAACAAGCUUUUGAAAUCUGAGGUGUGGUUGGAUGCUGCCACGCAGAUCUUCUUCUCUUAUGGUCUGGGUUUAGGUUCUCUUAUUGCUCUGGGCAGCUACAACUCCUACAGCAAUGACGUCUACAAAGAUUCUGUUAUUGUGUGCUGUAUUAACUCCUGCACCAGUAUGUUUGCUGGGAUUGUCAUAUUUUCCAUUGUGGGCUUCAUGUCGUACAUCACAAAGAGACCCAUUGAAGAACUGGCUGCUUCAGGUCCUGGUUUAGCAUUUCUGGCCUAUCCACAAGCAGUCACACAGCUCCCCAUGUCUUCUCUCUGGGCUAUUCUCUUCUUCUCAAUGCUCAUGAUGCUGGGAUUGGACAGUCAGUUUUGUACAGUGGAAGGCUUCAUAACUGCUCUAAUGGAUGAAUAUCCCACAGUCCUGAGGAAGAGAAAGAAACUCUUCAUCCUCAUGGUCUGUAUUAUAUCCUUCAUCAUCGGUUUCUCCAACAUUACCCAGGGUGGUUUAUAUGUGUUCAAAUUGUUUGACUACUACUCGGCCAGUGGAAUGUGUCUCCUGUACCUGGUCUUUUUUGAGACAAUCUCCAUUUCCUGGUUUUACGGUGCAGAGAAAUUCUAUAAAAAUAUUGAAGACAUGAUUGGUUAUCGGCCUUGUGGCUUUUGGAAAUAUUGCUGGAUUUACUUUACUCCAAUAAUCUGUUUGGGUGUUUUCACAUUCAGUGCCAUAGAAAUGACUCCUCUGACACUCGGGAAGUAUGUGUACCCGACCUGGGGUCAGGGCAUCGGCUGGCUAAUGUCCCUCUCUUCCAUGGUUUUGGUACCCGGAUAUGUCAUCUAUAUAUUCUUCACUACCAAAGGCAGCAUCCGGCAGCGUUGGCAUAAGAUGACCAAACCCACAGAGCUCACAACAUCGGAAAUCAAUGAUCCCACACAACAAUCCACACGUAUAGGAAGUGCAGAUGAAGCUUCUGUCUGAGAUCUUUUCUGUACAAUGGCCAUUAAAGACCAGUAGCCUACAGAUGUAAGCGAAUUACGCACAUUCAUCUGACUGUUUUUCUUCCAUUAUAUUUUAUUUCAUGCCUCUCUGAUGUGGCAUCACAUAAUGUGAGGGGGCUGCAGUACCUGUGUCUGUUUUCAGUGGAGAAAGCAAUGUCAGUCACAGUGACAAUUUCAGUGAUCGGUAUAAAUGUAGAUGCAACCCAGGCAGUUGAUUGGAAGAUCUACAUAACUGUUGUGUUCCUGUGCUAUAUUAAAUUUCUCACAGUAUUUACCUCAAGCUGGGGAGUGAACGCAUGUGUUUAGUGGUCUCUGGUCACAAUUUAUUUAACAAAAUUAACUACAGGAAAUCUUGUCCAUUUUUUUUAAAUCAGCAUUAUGAUUUUAGAUAAAAAAAAAAAAAAGAUUGUAUAAGAGAGAUGGCAUAUAUUUUUAAACAUAUUUUUUUUUCACCAUUUAAAUCACCUUUUGCCUUUACUAGCUCAUUUUUAUAUGGCCAUGUGUUCUGAUAAAUUUUGCAUUAUAACUAUUAAAGUCUUUGAAAUAAUAUGAUGUGAUAAAGAUUAAUGCAUAAUAAUUAUAAAGGAAUUAGAAAAGUUCUGUUUAAACUAGAUUCAGAUGAACGUUUGUAUGUCAUACUGUAACAUUUAUCAGCUUCACAAAAGUAAGUGCUUAAGGUCUCAUGAAACCAAUAUGAGGUAUCAUGCAAGUUUAAAUGAAAAUCUAUUACUUGAUGGAUAAUAAAAUUAGCUCGAAAAACUUGAACUAAAAGUUUUGCUUUUGUGUGAAGCUGCAGCAUAGUGAUAUGUUGAUGUAAAUGAGUCAUUUUCCCAUUAGAUGUAUUAUUAAAAUGGCAUCUUACACCUGCACUUACAUUAUAAAAAUAUCUAAAUGUCUUUUCUGUGAAACCUGAGUUUCUGGGUUCUGUGCAUCAGUUGUGGGAUGCCAAUAUUGUUUUAAUCAAAUUCAAAACAAAGUUCACCAUUUACAUUACAGUAGUCAUGUUAAAAUAGUAAGAACUAAGUGAUGCUAAUGGACAUAACUCUUUAUAAGCAUGCCUGUAAUUACAUGUUGUUAGUAUUAUUUAAAUAUUUUAAUUAACUGUAUUUACAUGUAGUAUGUGUGGCAUAUAACAUAACAGACAAUGUGUUAAAGCAGACAACAUAUUUAAUUUGAAAUGAUUGAAUACACGGCUAUGGGAAAUAGAACAGUCUGUAAAAUCCAUUCAACUCUCAGUGAUUCAGUCAACAAUAUGUUUUUUUUUUUUUUCAUUUUUUGUAACACUUGAGGAAAAUUAGACAUGACUUUGAAGGCCUGACAGCAUUUUAUUUGUUAUUUUUAAUGUGUUGACUUAUUUCCUUUUGAAACAGGAAGUUUGGAUGGGACAUAUGGAAGGGCUCAUCUCUUUCAUAGACAUGAUCAUGAACAUGAAUUAAAACUUUCAGUUAUUGGUUCUUUAACUUAAUUUUUGAACUUUGUUUCCUCAUAGCCUCUUUUCAAUUUGUGUCACAUUAAAUAUGCCAUCUGUUCCGAAUGUCUAUGUGAAGCGUUACCAAAGCUACAAAGAGAACUCUUAUUUUGAUGAUUGUAUUUGUUUUUGUCCUCACUAGAUAUUUUGUUGAUUGGUUUCAAAUUCAAUAAAGGCAAAAACUGAACUAAUUUAUGAGUCCAAACAAGAAACCCUAUUAGAAAUGUAUCUUUCAGGUUCACUGAUGCUUCAAGUUAUACACAUUAAUAAAUCUAUAUGUGACCCUGGACUAUAAAACCAGUCUUAAGUGUAUUUUUCUUUAAUUGAGAUCUAUAUAUCACCUGAAAGCUGAAUAAAUAAGCUUUCUGUUGAUGUAUGGUUUGUUUGGAUCGGACAAAAUUGGCCGAGAUACAACUAUUUGAAAAUCUGUAAUCUGAGGUUGCAAAAAAAUCUAAAUAUUGAGAAAAUCGCUUUUAAAGUUCUUAGCAAUGCAUAUUACUAAUCAAAAAUUAAGUUCUGAUAUAUUUACGGUAGGACAUUUACAAAAUAUCUUCAUGGAACAUGAUCUUUAUUUAAUAUCCUAAUGAUUUUUGGCAUAACAGAAAAAUUGAUAAUUUUGACCCAUAGAAUGUAUUUUUGGCUAUUGCUACAAAUACACCCCAGCGACUUAAGACUGGUUUUGUGGUCCAGGGUCACAUAUAGAUUAUACUAGAUAACAUCAGCCACGUAAUUUAACUUUAAAGAUUAGUGAUUUGAAAAUGUUAGUAAUUAAACAAUAAGAAUGUCUUGAGAGGAACUAUGGUCUAACUUUAUUCUUGCAUACUUUGACAAACACUAGCAAUCCAGCAGGGCAUAGCAGCAGCAUAAAAACCAAAAGCAAUAUGCACAGUUAUAUUUUACUACUGUCUUCCAUUUUAGCAGCAGUUCUGACAGGACAAAAUAGACACUAUUAGUAAGCUGACCUCUGUUAGUGACCUUUGACCUGUGUUGAUCCAUAGCUCUGCAUUAAAUUUGAAAAAGGCUCUAUUAUGUGUGGAUACAACAAACCAUUCAUGUCAGUCUGAAAAGGACAGUAAUAAAUAACCAGACCACUCAUGUAGGUCUGGAAUAGACAUAAACAUGUUUAAUAGCAUGUAAAUCUAUCAUACAGACAGAGUAAAACCAACAAUUGGAUAAUGGGACUGACUGUCUUUCAAACACACAUAAACAAUUCGCUAACACACACAAUAACCUCCUGUGAAAAUUAGCGCUAAUAAACAUUGAUGUUAUUCUGCCUUCAAGUUCUCCUGGGAUGUUUUCAUGAGUGUUGAAAUUAUAAGUACAGAAAGAUAUGAGUUUAAGUGAUUUUGUUCAGAAUAAAACUGGCCCUUUAUUUAUAAAAUUUUUUUCCUGUCUUCAUUUAUGAACAAAGGUUUUUAGCGCUAC